CAACAUGCGGUUGGGUGGCAUCUCCUUUUCCAACCGUCCAGGUGGUCGUGACUCCACGUCAGGUGCACUGGCCUCUUCCAACAGCGGCAGCGUGGCGGCGGCAGGCGGCAUCGCCGGGCUGCAACGUUCCGUUAGCGGGGGACCUGGGCGGGCCGGCAGCGGUGCCCUGCGGGUUUCCAUCAUCGGCGACCCCGCCACGGCCACCUUUGGGGGUUCCGGAGGGCCCGACACGCCGACACGCGGGCGUUACGGAUCCAGCCAACCGGGGUUACCGCGAGACAGCUCCACAAGCCAGCAAGCGGACUUGGACACUGGGACAACCGGCGGCGAUCGGACUUCUGGCCCCGUGCCGACGUCGCCAUUACGACCCAGGGGUCGCUCGCGAGUGAGCACGGCGUCCGCCGUCGCCGGCGGCGGCAGCGCUUCCAAUGGCGGCACGCCGCCGGGCCCCGUCGGCGGCGGCGGCGGCGGCAACAGCGCCGCCGCCGCCGCGGCGGCUGCAUUGGCCAACUCGCCCAUUGCCGCGGUGCCGCUGCCCCCAGGCGUACCGCCCAUGCACGUCCGGGACAUGGAGCAUUACGUGGAGGCGAUCCGAAUCGUAUCCGUACGACAUUACCUGACGUGUUGGCAGUUGAUGCAGUUGCUGACGUUGCUGCCGCCGACGGCGACGGACGAGCGAGUGGAGACGGUUACGGCGUUUUGGGCGCGAGUGACGGAUCGCGACGCGCAUUGGGUCGACGUGAUGCGGUCGUUAACCAACGACCAACAGGUCCGUACCGGUCAACGGUUGGGCUACAUGAACAUCUACAACGACCGGCGGCCAGCCAUGCACUACCGGCUGAGGAUGUUCAAGGAGGACGAGCACCAGCUGGCUUGGCAGCUGUACAACAAGUCCCUGGACUCGCCCAUCGCCUGCUGGAGGAACCUGACCAUAGACGACCAGCCCAAGCGAGUGAACCAGGGAGUCAACAUGUGGACGGUGCUGCGAGGCAAUGCGGCGGACGGCACCACCCCGCAGACCACCCUGGAGUUCGACUUCGUGUGGCCGGACGAGGACGCGCAGGCGGUCCUGGCAGCCCGGUUGAUCCAGCGCGCCUGGCGGCUGUUCAAGAACCCCCGCGGCGGCGGCGACCCCGAGAUCUCCCACCGCCCCAGCAGCACGGGGCAGCCGGGGGCGGGCGGAGCGGCGCCGCGCUUCGCCGCCUUCACCAAGAAGAAGGGCUCCUCGCCGGCUAGCAAGAUGAACGACCCGCGGACAAAGAAGAAGGGGAUGUGAAGAGGUGGGGCAGGCCGCCGGCAGGGGGUGUUGAUGAGGGGGGGGGGUACUGUGCAUGGUGGUGGUGGUGUGUGGGUUGGGAUAUCGUGCCCCUGACCGGCGGGUCGGUGAGGAGCGCGGCGUGUGCGAGUAGCACAUGACAAAGAUGGGGGUCCUUAUUGUGCGAUCGUAUCGCUGGCCGCGCUGUUGUCAGCGCGCUGCAACGGCGUCAGAGCCAUCGUAGGCAGGCGUGAGAGGGGCGAGAUGCAUGCACACGGCUUGCAUGUCGGGGUUCCGGCGCCUGGUGUGCAUGGAGAGUGCGUGAUGCCUUGUUUGACCCGUGAUUGGUGCUGGUGAUCUGGGCUUGCAUGCCUUGCAAGCGAAUCACAUAGCGAUGAAUGUGUUGUGGAUGAUGUUGGAUGAAGGAAAGGUCCUUUCGUGAUAAUUUUGGUGUUUGCGCAGGUUUGCGGACCUGUAUUGGUGGAUGGAAUGGGUUGGGGUUGGGGUCGGGCGUGGGAAUGGGAAUGAAUCGUGGAUUGGCAAGAUGGUGAUGCUACCCUCUCUCACCUCCCAAGAAUGAUCUGGGUUUAGCUCCUAGUGUGCAUGGGGGCAGGUUAGAACUUAGAAGGGCUACAAAUGCACCGUGAGACUUGCCAAGGAGACCUGGAAACGGGGAUGUCAGAUGCGAGCGCAUACACGAUGAUGCGAGGAGUAUCGGAGAUCGUGGAGGUGUUUGCUGCAGACUUGGAGGCGUCGUUUGCUGCAGUGCUUUUACGGUGGCGGUCGCGGUGAAGGAGGUCAACGCUAGUCGUCAGGAGUGGCAGUCACGUGGCUUUGAGGCAAGGGAUUUCCCACGGAAGUACAUACUUGAUGACAUGUCGGCAGGUGUCGCGUUAUGCGCCACAAGAGAGGGGCUCAAGGGAGGGAGUGGAUUGGCUUGUUAAGGUGUAUGCUUACAGGCAGCCAUAGGACAAUAAAGUUUAGAUGGAGCAACCACCGUUGCAUCCAUUUUGUGAGGUUGGCACGGUAGUGCUUCUUAUUACCUUUUCACAGGAGCUUCCAGCUGACGAGGUCGCUUAGCUUGUCUAGGUGGGUAAUGGACUUAUAUGUACUAUGUAAAAGCGCAGUAUGGAAUGCUGCUUCGCGUUGACCAGAGGUUGACCACCGUGACAACAUCAUCUAUGUGGUUUAAUGAGUUGAGCUUAUGAAGGACUUCCAAAACAGAAAAUGGGGUGACUGCACCCUAAGCGACGUUACGGUGGCAGCGUCUUUUCGCCCCAAUGCGUUGAUGCCAAGCAUGGCCGAGCCUACAGCUGCCAACUCCCACGAGGCAGUGAACCUGCGGAC